AGCCCCACAGAGAGGGACGACGAGUCUUUCGUCCGCAUCAGCGCCACCACGUUCUCGAGAAACCGCGCGGGUCAGGAGAUCUUGUCCAUCUCCGACUCGCCCCUGGUGGCCACGAGGUCGGGAUUCGGCGGCGCGCUGUACCUGGGAGACGACUACGGGGACACCACGAAGAACGGGAAGCUGCGGUGCAGGCUGAGCGAUGACGUGAACUUUUCCGAAAACAACUCUGAGAAUGGGGGGGCGCUGACGUCGGUGAGCGUCAGCGAGCUGUCGCUGGAGUCGGUGGUGUUCUCCCGCAACUUCGGCGUGAGGGGUGGAGCGUUGUACAUGCAGGCCCUGGGCGACAAGAGCCCCAUCACCUCGCGGCCGCCGGCGCACUACCUGACCGGCCGCAACAUCACGUACAGCGACAACGUCGGCGCCCUGGGCGGCGCCAUGUUCCUGCUGGUCAGCCCUGCCACCGCCCCCCUCCAGAGAAAAGGCCUCUCCCCCUUCGACAUAUCGGCGCGCGACGAACGUCGCCCCGGCCAGACGAACAACGACGACGACGUCUUCUUCGAGGACUCCUCCUUCAAGGGGAACACCGCCGUGGACUGCGGCGGGGGGGUGUACACCAAAAGGGGGAGGCUGGGCUGCAGGUCUUGUACCUUUGCGAAGAACAAGGUGGCCGGACGGCUCAGGGGGUCCGGGGGCGCGCUGUGCAUUGUGGCCCAAUCGACGCUGCACGGAAGAGAUGUGCGGUUUGUGAAGAACGGCGCGGCGCACGGUGGGGCGGUGUACGCGGAGGACUCGCUGGUGGACAUGGUGGGCGGCGUGGUGGAGGGGAACAGGGCGGCCCUGAGGGGGGGCGGCGUGUACGUGAACAUCACAUUCGGAACGCUCUUCGAGCACAACAUCAGCGCGCGCCUGUGGAACACGUCCUUCGUGAGGAACAAGGCACGGAUCGGAGGCGGCGCCUACCUCUUCAUCGGCCGCGGCCUCGCCGCGCUGGACGUCGAGAACUGCACCAGCAGCGACUCCACCGCGCCCACCGUGCACAGUGCCGUCAGCUACCUUGCCGCCUGCGGCGUGGACCCCCAGCAGCAACGCGCCCUCUUCCGCUCCACGUUCAUGUCAUUUAAGGCCGCACAGUUCGUGGACAACAACGCCACCCAGACCGGCGGGGCGCUCUUCACCAACGCUCCCGAGGAGAUCGACGUCUGCUGCGGCUGCGGCGGCAACCUGAGCCACGCAGAUGUGGGGAGGACCACCGCGGGCCUGGACUCCAACAACCCGUGUCCGGAGACGUGGCUGAGGAACGUGGCCGGGAAGGUGGACGGGGGCAACGUUCUGGCCACUGCGGCCAC